AUGGAUCGUGUUACAAUCCAUCAUCAUCGUCAUCAAUAUUAUCGUCGUCAGUUGCUUAAACAACAACAACAACUACGACAAUUACAACAACAAUUAAAACAACAACAACGACAAUUACAACGUCAACAACAACAACAAACUAAUCAAUCACAAGUCCCCGUUGUCGUCCCUCCCCCCAUUCAUCACACUUAUAAUAAUGAACCAGCCGAGUAA